AUGUCGGACUUUGCAUUCAAUAACUAUUGUAUAGCGUGUGAUAAGUUGUGUUUGCACAAUUCGAUCUAUUGCAGCGACGAGUGUAAGGCGAUAGAUGAAAAGCAGUCGAUGACAAUUUUGGAUUCUUGUACCGAUGGAUCGGAAGAAUUGGUGUCGCCUAUGUUAACGCCAUCUUUAUACCAACAUUACAACCCGGAAUCAAGCGCCAAUAAUGGUGACAUUACGUCGCCAUUGGUAUUAGGUUCCCAGCACUCAAACAGCGACUUGGAUUACAACCAGUUUGACUUGAAUUACAUAGUGAAUUCCAAGGCGGAUGCUACUACUGCCAAUGCGGUGGACGUAUCGAAACAGAAUAUACUAUCGGAACAUAUGCCGUCGACGUCACACAAUUAUAGAAAGUGGUUAACGGCGUGCUUGUAA